UUGGCGUGGCUAAUCGUAAACGUUUUUGUCACAGCACGGUAAAAAAAACGUUUUUGAAAGAAAAAAAAAUAGCGGGAUUAGGGUUUUAGAGCGUAGUAGUUUCUUCAUUUAUACUUCGCUUCUUCAUCUUCUUCUUCUUCACUCUUUCACCGCGUUUUUUCACCUUCCCCAAAAAUGGUGAACCCUAGAGUCUACUUCGACAUCAGUAUCGGAGGCGAAUUAGAGGGUAGAAUCGUCAUUGAACUCUUCAACGACGUCGUUCCCAAAACCGCCGAAAAUUUCCGAGCACUAUGCACCGGCGAAAAAGGAAUCGGUCCAAACACCGGCGUUCCCCUUCAUUUCAAGGGUUCAUGUUUCCAUCGUGUCGUCAAAGGCUUCAUGAUUCAAGGAGGUGACAUUUCCGCUGGUGAUGGAACCGGCGGUGAAUCAAUUUACGGUACGAAUUUCGAUGAUGAAAAUUUUGACCUAAAACAUGAACGUAAAGGGAUUUUAUCUAUGGCGAAUACUGGUCCUAAUACGAAUGGUUCUCAGUUUUUUAUUACUACUACUAGAACUCCUCAUUUGGAUGGAAAGCAUGUGGUUUUUGGGAAGGUUAUUAAAGGAAUUGGGGUUGUUAGGUCUGUUGAACUUGGUGCUACCGGAGAGGAUGAUCGUCCGGAACAAGAUGUUGUUAUUGUUGAUUGUGGUGAACUUGCUGAAGGAGAGGAUGAAGGUGUUAUUAACUUUUUUAAAGAUGGUGAUACUUUUGCUGAUUGGCCUGUUGAUCUUGAUACCAAAUCGGAGGAGCUUGAAUGGUGGAUGAAUGCUGUUGAUUCUAUCAAAAGUUUCGGAAAUGAGCAUUAUAAGAAGCAAGAUUAUAAGAUGGCUAUCAAAAAGUAUCGCAAGGCUUUGCGCUAUUUGGACAUGUGUUGGGAGAAGGAUGGCGUUGACCAAGAUAAGAGCACUGCUUUAAGGAAGACAAAAUCGCAAAUCUUUACCAACAGUUCAGCCUGUAAAUUGAAAUUAGGUGACCUGAAUGGAGCUUUACUGGACGCAGACUUUGCAAUGCAUGAUGGAGAUAAUGCAAAAGCUCUGUUUCGCAAAGGCCAGGUGUAUAUGUUACUCAAUGACCUAGAUGCCGCUCUUGAAAGCUUCAAGAAAGCAUUAGAAUUGGAGCCAAAUGAUGGAGGGAUCAAAAAAGAGUAUGCAAUUGUCAGGAAGAAGGUUGCUGAUAGACAUGAUAAAGAGAAGAAAGCCUAUUCUAAGAUGUUCAAUUAGCUUUCAUUCGGAUAUGGUGUUUUUGACUCUAUGGUCUGAAAAAAUCAGAUUUUUGUGGAGAGAAUAUCUGAUUACAUAGUAAACAAUUUCUGAUUUUUCUUUAGUGAUAGUCUGAAAAUAUCAGAUAUAGUGUAUGUUUUUUGAAUUUAUGCUUUCUCGACUAUGAAAUUGUGAUAAAGAUAUUCUGAUUACCAUUUUGUUAAACUCUUUGAGCAUCAAACAUUGAUUUUCUAUAAGAGAGAUAGGUAGAUUGAUUGAGACAUAUGACAGAA